ACAGUCUAGCUUAGCCACUCACUGUUGACGCGAGCUAGCUAGCUAGCUACCUAACUAACUAGCCAGCUAGUUGUCAAAUGACAUUUGUUCUUUUUAACCUUUUUUCCCCCAUCAAGCCACACUUAUUAUUUAGGAAUGUAAAUGUCUCAGGACAAGGCAGACCAGGAGGAUGAGCUACUUGCUUUAGCAAGUAUUUAUGAAGAGGAGUUCCACCGGGCAGACUGUACUCAAGGGGGGGAGUUCCAGGCCUGUGUGAAGCUCCUUCCUGAUUUCAAAGUUGUUGUCAAAGGAGAGACUCAAACAGAAUGUAAAAUCAGCUUCCUGCCUCCUUUGGUUCUCAAUUUUGAGCUUCCAGAAGACUAUCCAUCCACAAAUCCACCAAUAUUCACACUCAGCUCUAAAUGGAUGACGAGAGGACAGAUGAGCUCUUUGUGCAGACGCCUGGACGAACUAUGGGAGGACAACCGAGGCUGCGUUGUUCUUUUCACGUGGAUUCAGUUCCUCAGCGAGGAGGCUCUGGACUUCCUGGGCAUCCAGUCUCCUCUCUUGGUCAUCCGGGAAGGAAGUAAGGCGAGGAAAGCUGAUCAUGCAGCCACAAAUGUGACACAGGUUGGAAACCUUUCCGAAAACUCAGAGAUGAAAAGAGAGCAACCCACGGCGUCCUUCCACCUGGACCCCCGGGCCAUCGUGUCGGCGGACAUGCGCGUGGACCUCCUACCUCAGCUGCUGGACUUUGACGAGGCGCAACGUCAGAGGGUGUUCGACUGCACCGUGUUCUGCUGCGGGAUAUGCUUCGUGGAGAAACGGGGAGCCGACAGCAUGUGCUUCAAGGAGUGCCAGCAUGUCUACUGCAAAGCCUGCAUGACGGAAUACUUCCAGAUUCAAAUCCGUGACGGCAACGUACAGUGCCUUAAUUGCCCCGAGCCCAAGUGCACAUCAAUAGCCGCACCUAUGCAGGUUAAGCAGCUAGUGGACGAGGAGCUGUUUGCUCGCUACGACCGUCUGCUGCUCCAAUCCAGUCUGGACCUCAUGGCGGAUGUUGUUUACUGUCCCCGCCACUCCUGCGGCACGGCGGUGAUGGUGGAGCCAGACACCACCAUGGGCAUCUGCUCUGCCUGCCAGUAUGCCUUCUGUACACUGUGCAAGAUGGGCUAUCACGGGGUGUCCCACUGUAAGAUCCCUGCAGAGGAACUUCGCAACCUCAGAGACGACUACCUAUCUGCCACCACCGAGGGCAAAAGGUUUAUGGAGCAACGUUACGGGAAGAGAGUGAUCCAGAAGGCGGUGGAGGAGUCCUUCAGCAGGGACUGGCUGAACGAGAACUGUAAAUGCUGCCCUCAUUGCGGCACCAACAUACAGAAGGUGGACGGCUGUAACAAAAUGACGUGUACCUCGUGCCGCCAUUACUUCUGUUGGCUGUGUCUGGGCCUCCUCAACAAAGCCAACCCGUACAGUCACUUUAACAACCCACAUUCACCCUGCUAUAACCAACUUUUCCAUGGCGUGGAUCUGGACGACGACGAUGCCUUAUGGAGCGACGAAGAGGACUGAUUCUCUGCUUUCCGGUCCGCCUCAAUGCACUUUAUCUCCCCGGGCACAGUCCACUUUUCAUCAUUGACUGUCACCCUAUGCAUCGUGCCGCGACGCCGCAAUGACAUCACAGUCAGGCCGCGAUGACGUACACAUAUUUCAUACACUUACGUAUAGUCUUUGUAAAGGUAAGAUUUUAAUUCUAAUGGUGUUACCUUAGCUUUGGCAACCACGCUAUUACGUAAAAAACCACAUGGACCCUGGGCCCCCGGGGACAGCACAGGAGGUUUGACAUUACUCAAAUAUCAAUUCAUAUCAAUUGUUAAUCCUUUUUCCGUGCUACUUAUCCUCACUCGGGUUUCGGGUAUGAUGGAGCCUAUGCCAGCUGGCGAGAGGCGGGGUACACCCUGGAUUGGUAAUGUAAUCAUAGCAUUUAAAUCAGGGGUCUCAAAAUCAAUUUACUUGGGGGGCCACUGGAGCUAGGAUCUGGGUGAGACUGGGCUGCGUCAGGUUUUCCAAAAAAAAAAAACGCAUUUAUUAAAAACAGAAAAAUAUACAAACCUUUUCAGUGCUUUAGUUCCGAUUUUCAACAAUAAAAGCGCUGAUAAAACAUUCCAAUGUUCUCAAAUAUCUUACUUUUUAUUUUUCUACACAAAAUAAGAUGAAAAAUAAACAAAUCAAGAAUAAAGAAAAUCAAUCAAUCAGUAAUAAAUAAAUAGAAUAAUAAUAAAACAGCAAAUAAUAAAAACUUAAGAAACCACAUAUAGUGAGUGUGAAUGAUUGUUUGUCUAUAUGUGUCCUGUGAUUGGCUGGCCACCAGUACCGGGUGUACACCGCCUCUCGCCCAAAUCCCGACAGCUGGGAUUGGCUCCAGCACCCCCCACUCAAUCUUCGUGAGUAUAAGCGGUAGAAAAUGAAUGAAUAAAUUAAUGAAUAUUGCCAAAAAAUAAAUGUACAAAAACACUGACAUUACAUAUAUAAUAAUUCAAAAAAUUACUUAAAAUAUUAAUUUAGAUGUAUUUUGAUUUCUCUUAGUUUACAUAUUUUUAUUAAAUUUUUUAAAUAUGAAAAAUAAUUUUAUUACUGGGUGGCACGGUGGUCGAGUGGUUAGCACGCACACCUCACAGCUAGGAGCCCAGGGUUCAAUUCCACCCUCGGCCAUCUCUGUGUGGAGUUUGCAUGGUCUCCCCGUGCAUGUGUGGGUUUUCUCCGGGUACUCCGGUUUCCUCCCACAUUCCAAAAACAUGCUAGGUUAAUUAGCGACUCCAAAUUGUCCAUAGGUAUGAAUGUGAGUGUGAAUGGUUGUUUGUCUACAUGUGGACUGUGAUUGGCUGGCCACCAGUCCAGAGUGGCCCGAAGACAGCUGGGAUAGGCUCCAGCACCCCCACAACCCUCGUGAGGAAAAAGCGGUAGAAAAUGAAUGAAUGUUAAAAUUGUUAAAAAAAUAAUAAUAAUGAAAGGGGUUCCUCAGGGUCUGUGUUUUUGUUGUGUAACAAUGCCAAAAGCUACAAUCCAAAGAGGAGCCAUAGAAUUAUCAUCAUUUACAUAACACAAUAUUUUUGUAUGCUGUUUUGAUUUGAAUAGAAGACGCUAGCUUUUUUGUGAUCAUGACGCUGCCGCCGCAGUCGUUCAUUCAAAUGCACAGGGGAUCGCCUAACUUGUCAGAAGAACCCGUGUUGUGCUACAAAAUAAAUGUUC